AGGGCACGUGAUCUCACUGCACCGACAUGUACCAUCUCCUCAAGGGCUUACACGAAUAUCUUACAAGGAGGAAUUUUUCAAUAAUUAUCAUUGGCCUUGAUGGUGCUGGGAAGACGACAUUUUUGGAAAAAAUCAAGACUCUGUACAAUGACACUCCAGGACUUGAACCCUCUCAGAUUGGACCUACCGUCGGGCAAAAUACAAUGCGUUCGAUAUGGCAUCGUUAUUACGAUGAUUGCCAUGCUGUCGUCUUCGUGAUCGAUGCUCAGGACCGUGAGCGACUGGGCGAGGGGUGGGAAGUCUUCGAUUCAGUUCUAUCUGCUCCUCAAAUCCUCAAUGUCCCGCUUCUCCUACUUGCAAACAAGCAAGAUUCACCCCACAGUUUAUCGGCCACAGAGAUCAGACACGACUACGAAACUUGGGAUCGACACAGACGAGAAUACGCAAGGAGGCGAUUUGGGGAGGACGAAGAAGCAGAGCUGGAACGGAGGCGUCAACGUAUCGCUAGCUUAGACGUCAUGGGUAUAUCGGCACUCGAUGGACAAGGCAUACGUGAAGCCGUGGACUGGUUGUUUUUGCGAGUCCAGAACAGUAGAAGAAACGUUGAUGACAAAUCUUCGAAAGGUGGCUGGUGAAUUACAUGAGCAUCUGCGAACGUUUUGGUAUCGCUUGAAGGUGUUGUUUCUAACCGACCAACUGUAUGUACAUCGUAGGCACUGGCAACAGAAUCACUGCAUGAUUAUCGUG